UAUACUGCAAUGGCUUGUUCAUGUAUUAUUGCAGAACUAUUCAUUCAGCACUGAUCCAAGGUAUAAUAUUUGGGGGGAGUGGGCAAUGUAACUGAGAGAAUCUCUCCUUUAGACCAAGGCAGCCAGAGAGGCUGUGUUCCUCAAGGAGGCUGCCUUAUCUAGUCUGCAUUCUUCUGCCAUUAGGGUGUACCAGUGAUCAAAUAUGUGAGAAUUUCAAAAAGGGGAACCAGGAAAUUAUUUAUCAAGUUUUAGUAUUACAGUAAUGUUGGUGCCAAAGUUUGAGGGGGGAGAGGGAGCAGGCUCAACCGAACACAACAUCUGCAGACAUUGUCGAGGCUCCAGCUGUUCAGAACUCUUUCAAGCCAUUGCCAGAGAUGUUUGUGCUGCUCUGUAUAACAGGUUUUGCCUUCUAUAUCAAUGGCCAACCACUCCACAACCAGUUUAAAGGAGAAAACUACUCCACAAAAUAUGUUUGUAGCAUACCUGGGUUACCUGGCCCCCCAGGCCCUCCUGGAAACCACGGCUCACCUGGAUCACAUGGCCGGGUUGGGAUCCCAGGACGAGAUGGACGAGAAGGCAAAAAGGGAGAAAAGGGUGAGAAAGGAAAUGCAGGUGUAAGAGGAAAGAUGGGUCCUGCAGGACAAACUGGAGACAAAGGAGACCAAGGGCAGCCUGGCAAAAGAGGGCCUACGGGAUUAGUAGGAGGUAAAGGUGACAUGGGACCUCUUGGUCCAGCAGGACCAAAAGGGGAGAAAGGAGAAAGAGGAAAAACAGGUUCACCGGGAAUCUGUAAAUGUGGGCAAAUCAUACUGAGAUCAGCUUUCUCUGUUGGUAUAACUACAAGUUACCCAGAGGAAAGAUUGCCAAUCAUAUUUAACAAAGUCCUUUUUAAUGAAGGGGGACAUUAUAAUCCUUCAACAGGAAAGUUCAUCUGUGCCAUCCCAGGGAUUUAUUAUUUCUCCUAUGACAUUACACUAGCAAAUAAACACCUUGCCAUUGGUCUAGUUCAUAAUGGAAAAUUCAGGAUAAAGACAUUUGAUGCUAACACAGGAAACCAUGACGUGGCAUCUGGGUCAACUGUGAUUUACCUUCAGCCUGAGGAUGAGGUGUGGCUUGAAAUCUUCUACACUGACCAAAAUGGUCUUUUUUCUGAUCCCACAUGGGCAGACAGUCUGUUUUCAGGAUUUCUCUUAUAUGUAGAUACAGACUACCUUGAUGCUCUGUCAGAUGAAGAUGACCUGUGAUGGAGAUGGCUACAUACUUCUAAAUGAAUAAAAAGCAAUGGACAGAAUCUGCCCUUCCCUCUUAAUAACGGUGAUGCCUUUGUCUGGAAUUUUGUUUUGUUGUCAAAUGCCCCAAAGUAAAAGACUUAUUUUCAAAUAAUAGAAACUUUAAUGAUUGUCUGCUUCUUUUUAGAAUCCAAGAAAUAAAAAAACAGGUUUAAUAGUAUUUAAAUACAAUUAAACAUAAUAUUUUAGACAAUAGAUAUUGAGUAAUGACAUGGUUCUUGUGAAUGACAGGAGUUAGUUGAGUAGUUGAAUAAUGAUUAUUAUGAAAACAUAGAUAUCAGUAGUAAAUAUUUUAUUUUUUAAAAAGAGGUACGUCUGGGGUAAUAAGACAUGCUAUUACAAUUACUUUUUUGAAUGAUUUCACCCCAAUCAUAAUAGAGAAAAAUGAAUAGAUCAAUUUCUGUAGACUUUUAAGUCAAACCAUUAAUUAAUCCAAUUCUGUAUUAGCAAUUCUAGAGUUGGUUAAUACUUCUGGAGACUUCCAUAUUUCUUCUCCCCUCCAUGAUAACUACAUUCUUUGUGGGAAAGAAUUUUUACUAGUUAAUUGUUCUGUUAGGAAAUUUCUCCUUAGUUAUAGGUUGCUUCUCUCUUAGAUUAAUUUCCAACUGUUGUUUCUUGUCUUGUCUUCUGGCACUUUGGAAAAUAGGUUGACCCCCUUUUCUUUGUAGCAGCCCCUCAAAUUGAAUUGAAUUGAAAUUGAAUUGAAACUGAACUCCCACCUCACCCCGCUCUGUGAUUCUCAUUAAUUCCUCAUGCUGCUGCUCAAAAAGCGAAUUAGAAUCAAUGAUGUACUUCUUUUGGGGAUUUGAUCCAUUUAGCACCUUAUUUUACCUUAAAGACUUUUUUUGAAUAAAUUCUUAGAUAAUCAACAUUUCCCUUGCAAUGAAAUACAAUUCCCUUCCCCCAUAACUACUUUUAAAAAUUAAGAAGUAGAUUUUUCUUUCUCAAGAGCUAUAUUAAAAUCUAUGUAAUUUUUCUCUGAAAAUGAAAUGUUGCCUUCCUAAACAUCAUCGUUCUGAACGAUCGAAAUCUUUAUAAUAAAUCAUCAUCAUCAUCUCACUUCA